AUGUCUGCGACUCCUGACCAGAAGGCCGCUUCGCCCGUUGCCUCCCCCGCGGCCUCGCCCGCUCGCGAAGUCCCCGAGACAGCCGCAACCCCGGUUGCUGUUGACAACGACGAAGACGCGAAGCCUGCUGAACCUAUCGCUGAGACUGAGACGGAGGCAAUUACGGAGGAUGUUGACGAUGGGCUUCACGAUGGAAACGACGCUGACGAGAAUGACGACGCCGAAGUAUCAGACGACGAGUCUAUUUUGUCCGAGGUCGACGAAGCGCAAUUCGAUAACUUCGACCCAGAGAACGUUGACGUUGAGGAUCGACCGCAACUCGCCAUCGAUGAAGAUAACCUGAAGCUCAUCGGUCGUCAUAAGCGCAAGCGCACCGAGGAUGGCGAAACUCGUCCACGCCGUAAGGAGGGUCGACGUGAAAAGAAGAGCCGUCGAGCUCAAGAUGAGGAAGGAGACGGAAAAGGCUCUCGCCGACGUGAGCGCAAGCAGCGCGAAGACAAGGCUGAUACGGACGAGGAGACUCUUGAUCCGGAGACCCGUCGCCGCCGUGCUCUUGACCGUGCUAUGGAUGCGGCGAUGAAGAAGCCGUCCAAAAGACGUUUCCGCAAGCAGGAUGGCAUUGAUCUGGAAUCCAUGGCAGAUGCCGAGAUUGAGGAUAUGCGAAAGCGCAUGACCAACGCAGCGCAAAUGGACGCCGCCAACCGCCAAGAAGGGAAGCCAGCUAUGCAUAAGCUCAAACUACUCCCUGAAGUCCUCAUGCUUCUCAAUCGCAAUCAGUAUACCAGCGCCUUGGUCGACCCGGAGAUCAACUUGCUGGAAGCCGUUCGAUUUUUCCUGGAACCUCUCGACGAUGGCUCGAUGCCUGCUUACAACAUCCAGCGCGACCUGUUGACCGCCAUCACCAAGCUCCCGAUCAACAAGGACGCCCUGAUUGCCAGUGGUAUUGGAAAAGUUGUUGUCUUUUACACGAAGAGCAAGCGCACUGAGCGACGCAUCAAGGAAAUGGCAGAGAAGUUGCUGGCAGAGUGGACGCGACCCAUCCUCCAACGCAGCGAUGAUUAUUCGAAGCGAGUUUAUCAGGAAGCCGACUACGAUCCUACGAAGGCUGUCAGGCGCACUGUUCCCACCGCCAGGGAUAUCGAAGCCGAAGCCUCUGCCCUCGCACUGCUACCUCCUCGUCUUCACAAUCGCGCCCGUGUUGAUCGCACUAACGUCAGCUACACUGUGGUUCCGCGCCAGACAGCUGUGCGGGAGACUCAAUAUGCUCGGCCUCUGGGUGCCAGCGGUGAGGAUCGUUUCCGCAAGAUGCAAGCCCGCCAGGUCGCGGCACGCAAGGCCUCUCGUCGGUAG